CUACCUUUCUUUUUUUCCCAUCUGCAUCUGACUGCAUUAAAUGUGGCCCUUGAGCCCAUCCCUGUUUUUAUGGCUUCGGUAGGCCGGCUUGUAACUGGAGUUACAACACAGACUACCCUCCCCUCAACUGCAGGUUCCUGCUAACAAUGAGUAGCUGCAAAUGGUCUGACAACAUGUCUGCUCUGACAAACCCCGUCAUUACAAAUCCUGUUGAGGCCUUAGCUUCAGAUCUCUGCUGCCCCAUCUGCUUACAACUCUACUCGGAGCCUGUGUGUCUGCCCUGCGGUCACAUCUACUGCCACACCUGCAUUCAAACUCUAGGAGAAGGGCUAGACCAUCACUGCUGCCCUGAGUGCCAGGAAGGCUACCAGGGAAGCCAAGCUGUGGUGACCUGCUCCAAAAUGUGCAGCAUUGUCAAGUCGUACAAAGCUGCCGUGGGUAAAGCCAAGCUGCCUGCAUGUGGUGCAGUUGUGGAUGAGUGCAAAACAAAAUGCCACUUGGACGCAACUAAACAGAGCCCAGUAAGUGAAGGAAAUCACUUUAAAUCCAAAGAGUUAUCUUUGACUAAGUUUCGACUGGCAUCUCAAGUCACAGACCUGGCCCUCCAGUUGGAGUUGGCAGAGGAUGUGCUGAGGAAGGAGAAGGAGCAGGAAUUAGAGUUGACGGGCGCUAAUGAGCUGCUGAGAGAAAAGACGUCGGAACAUCUGCGGCAGCUCAACGAUGAGGUGCUGAAGUACAGCGUGGAGGUGUUGCAGCUGCUGGAUGAAGAGCUCUCUCCGGGCGAGGCCAGCGUGAGCCACAGGGUCAGUCAGGCCGCCGGUCUCACCAAGCAGCUGAGACAAGUUCUGCUCAGAGCAGAGUCUCUCCUGACGGAGGGAGUUGAGGCCACAUUUGCCAAAGACCUUCAAGACCUGCAACCACGCAUUACGGAGAUGAUGGGAAAAGCCAUCGGAGAAGCUGAGGAAUGCGUUGACUCAAAAGUCAACCCGCUUCAAGUCAUUUCCAAGUUGGAGCACAUGAAGGGCGAGCUCAGGGAAAGUCUCUGUGCCAUUCAUCACUCGCUUCGCAAUGCCCUCAACCCGUCUGAGGUGACGUUUGACAUCGGGACAGCUCAUGCUAACCUCAUCCUCUCGGAGGACUUGAAGACUGUGACAUUCAGCUCUGUCAGGCAGCUGUACCCGCCUUCUCCCCAAAGAUUCACCAGCUUCUUCCAGGUCCUUAGCUCCCAGAGCUUCUCGGAAGGCGACCACCGCUGGGAGGUGGAGCUCGACGGCUCUCCGUGGAUUGUGGGCUUGUGCUGCAGCGGGACACUGGAGCGUAGCGGGAUUUCCUCGGCGCUGGAAAGCAACCGAAACUCCUGGUGCCUGAUGUGGUUCGACAACUUGUUGACAGCCUUCGAGCGGGGUCGCGGCGUGCCGCUCAAGAGGACCACGGUGUCGUGCAGGAUCGAGAUCAGGCUGAGCUUCAUCAGCCACACAUUGAGCUUUUACAACAUCAGCCCCACCUGCGGAAAGACACUCCUUUCCACAUUUGAAGCUAACUUGAUUGAGCCUGUGCGCCUGGCUUAUAGAAUGAUCUCAGGUCACCCUAAAGCAUGUGUCACCAUCUUUUCAUAAUACCUUUUGGUCGUCGCAUCUCUUGCAUUUGGUAUGUGGGCUUACCUGACAUCAACCACCUCUUAGUACCACUAUUGUAGCUAUUAUAGAAACUGUCAAUAUUAUACAAAAAUGCAAUACAACGGCAACGUGGUGAAUUACAGAGGAAAGGUGACAAUGGUGGAUAAGGAGUACAGGAAGAAUUGCGAAGGCGUUAGCAAGUGCUGAUGGAGAUUGCCUCUGUGUAAACCCACUUGUGAGAGCACACGUGUUUUAAUUCAUAUUUCACAUGUUUACUGAGGCACAAUCGAGACAAUAUUACAUCCUAAAUACUUGAAAAAGUUGAUGUGGCAAAAUAUGUCCCCUUCAGUGGUAACAAGGGAGCAGCAAAUGACAAUGCCCAGUAAUGAUUGCAAUGAGUUAAGCCAACACUAUUUACACCAGCAGCACAGUACCCUAGUAUUUAGCACAUUUGCUUCACAGUUCUGAGGCUUUGGGGUUCAAAUUAGAAUGUGCAUGUUCUCCCCGUGCUUGUGUGGGUUUUCUCCGGCUACUGUGGCUUCCUUCCAUAUUCUAAAAACAUGCAUGCUAGGUUAAUUGAAGACCAAGAAUGUAAGCGAGUGUAAAUGGUUGUUUAUGUGCGCUCUGAUAUUGGCUGGCGAGCAGUUCAGGGUGUACCCCCCACCUUACACCGAGUCAGCUGUGACCUUCAUGAGGACAAGUCCAAUAGAACAUUGGAUGAUUGUGAAGAGAUAUUCUCACUAAAGGCGAAGGUAAAGAAAAAUAGCUGUAAAAUAUGUGAGGUGCUGUCAACUCUGUCCAAUUUGUCCCCAUGCAUCACCCCACCUGUAUACCUCUACAAAGCAUAUGAAAUCGAGAAAAAAAUCAUUAUGCUGACUUUUGGUUGACACUGUCAGAAAGAUAUUAAUUUAAUGGUAUGCACUUUUAGUGUGGUUGUAGUUUGCUGUGAUGUUAAACUGCACCGCAUCAUACUGAUAGCUUUGUCUAUAUUUCCACACUUGUGUCGCUAAACGAGGUAAUAUUGUAUUCGAAACAGCUCUCAGUAUGAUCCAUUGCAGUUCUACACGACAGCCUGGUAUUCAACUAAAUAAAAUAAUUAACACUAAACAUGUUUGUCUCUGUGUUUGACAAUUUAAUUAUUAUAAUAAUUGUUUUCUGUUAGUGUCUUUAAAAUACUGUAUGAAAUAACCUGGCCAGUCGGCACAUAUGUACAUAAACAAUAUGCACAUUGUGGGUUAAGUUGGCAAAUGAUCAGGCGCUGUAGUCUCUGUUUCUCAUAUUUUAACUCGGGUAACAGAAAAUUGGCUGCUAUUGCUUAAAAUCUGUUGCUUUGUGCGGAAAUGUCAUAUAUGUCAAUAAAAAAGUAUAAAUGUUUAAGUGUCACUAAUAUCAUUUAACUGUAUGAAGCAGGGGUGGGCAAAGCAUUGCCCGUGGGCCACAUACAUUGCGCUCCAUGCUUUGAUCCAGUCCA